GCAUACAGUAUGAUGGAGAAGGACACGAUUUAACGAUCCACUCAGAAAUCGUCUAAAUUAUGAAAUCAUAUUUACUCACGUAAGAAAGUGCGUUUAAAAAAUUUCGACGCAAUAUGUGAACGUCCCCAAGAGCUUUGACCUCUGUCGUCUAAUUUUCUCAGUCACCUUUUUUGUUCGGUCGGAGUCGGUCAACUUUUUUUUUCUUGUUCCGUCCUGUCGUUAAAAGUAAGAUAAGUCGACACUUAUUGGACCUUGUCAUCUGGAUAAGAUAAGAAGAUAAGAGCAGCCCAUUCCAUAUUUAUUCUGCAAUGGAGAUUGAAAUGAUGGACAACUUGACGGCGGCGGCCGAUAAGAACUUGAAGACGUUUGAAAACAAGGAAAAGAUGCUGCAAGAGGUCGAAUUUUCCCAGAGUAAGGAUAAGUUUGAGGGAAAUAUGGUGGAAAGCGAGGAAGUCUUCAUCCCCACCCCGGAUAACGUCAUGAUCGAGCCUGACAAUGACGAAAACAUGACCGUCGAGCAGGACGAGGAACUCAAUCGUCAAACCCAGUUUUUAGAAUUGCUCAAGUGGGAGGAGGAAAGUAAAGCAUAUCUCGAUCUGCUGACCGCAGAAGAGUCCGGUCUUCGCCAACAGGUUGAUGCAGCGGUGAAAGAGACGCACGGCCUGCUUGAACUUCAAUCCAGCUUGGAAGCUAAGAUCGAGGCGCAACGACAAGCCAGAGUAAAAUUGGGGUUGGAAGAAUUAACAAAGCGGAAUACGGAUAGGCAAAAUGACUUGGAUAGAGUGAAGGAGGAAAUUGAUACUAUUCGGCUGGAAACUUUGACCAAGAGCACGAAAAUGCUACAGCUUCAAGUCGAGGACACUGCUAAUAUAGCCAACCGCUUGAAGCAGUAUCGGGACCCUAAAUCCGUCGCAAAAAGUUUAAAGGCCACAGAGGACGAAAUUGUCAAAGUCCGUUCGGAAAUUGAGCAGGUCGUCGAAGAGCAAAACCGCAUAAUUGCGGAGAUGGCAGGAUUGGAUGAACAGAAAAACAUGACUGCAAUUUUGCAACAAAUUGGCUCAGAAUCCAAGGAUUGUGCCGAAACCUGGCUGAAAUCGGUGGCUGCUCUGAACGCUGAAAUUGCCACUCUGGAACGUGAAGUAGGAUCUGGAUUUCGCCAAUACGACCACGAAAAUGAUUGCGGAAACAGAGAAAUUAUUAAUUAAGUUUCCCAAAUUGUACCAGUUUUUCAUGAAAAUGAGCCAACAUUUUUCAAUGUUUUAAUUCAACCUGGUUUUUAUUUACGUAUUUAUACACGCAUUUGAAAUACGUUAAAUAGUUUUUUGAUUUUUAAAAAAUUCAUAAAAUAUAUUUCUUUCCGAUAUCUAUUAUUUUUGUAUUUUUGUAACCUUAUCGUAUAACAUGUUUCUCCUUCGUUAUACACAAAUAUGUAAGUACACAGUAUUCUUGUUCCCGAAUAAUAAACCAGUCAGUUUAAUAA